AUGGUAUCCGACACUGAGGCUUCCAUGACUACAGCAUCUGCGCUUUUCAGCCGCAUAGCUUGUCAAGCAACAUGGUCAGACGAAUCCGGCAACGUGUAUAUCGGACUGCCAGUUGGCGCCUGGGAAGGAUGCAAAGCAGCGGAUUUUGUACGCACAAUGAAGGACGAGGUGCUGAAUACCAUGGCCCGCAGAAUUCAGUCAUCAAUUGGCGCAAACAUCAAGUCAUAUGGGAUGUCUAAGAAGUUGGUUAUGCACGCAUUGGAGCACAGAAACGAGGCGCAACCGAUAGAGAAGCAUCCCAUCACGCUUCCAGUGCAGCCACCUCCGCGCCACCAACAGCUACCAUUGGCGCCAGAUCCGAAGAAGAAAGAGUCGAUUGCGAAGAGCAAGGUCGGGGUUCUGAGUGAUAACACACUCGGAUACAUCCGAUCACGACGGGCCAAGGCUGAAACCUACCUCAUCUUGCAAGCGACCCAAGAAGACCUUGACCCCGGAACAGUAGAACAGGCCGCUUGGCUAUGUACUGCGACACAUGCGACCUGCUUUCACCCAAAGACGUCGCUUAUCCUCAACUUGCCCGGCGAACAGGCAACCGCGAUACCCGUAUCGGAAUACGAUAACCAGUUGAACGGAGACCACGUUACCUGGAAGCCUGGAGAAGAAUUCACCAAAGUCCACCAGGAGGUGCCUACGGCUGUCGCUAAACAGCUACUGAAGUCCGCCCUCACCAAAAUGCCCGUGAAUCAUACAGCUACGAACGGCGCCGAUCUGUCUGGGAUGAAGACAGUUAAGGGAAGACCAGCUGUAAAUUUACUGCUACACAAGAGAAUCCACAAAGGCGACGAGCUUCAAAUAAAGUUCGACCACUUGAAGGUGCAAGCCGAUAGCGACCCGACAGUGACCCCAUUCGGCCUGCCAAACAACCCCACGAGCGACCAGAUAUAUCGCCAAGUCGACAAGAUGAUCGGGCAUCUAGACAACGUUGGCGCAAUACCAGAUUAUCUCGACCCUGAGAGGUCAUGGAUUGUAGCGGCCGAUUGGAUCGAGUGGAUCAACUCGACCGGAGACCCAGAGACAGAUGACCUGAAAACCAACGCUCCGAAAGUCACUGACCCAGUAGGUACCGGAAAAGAGAUGUCGUCAGCCAAGGAGGACAGACUAGGUCGCUUAGAAAGCUUACUGUACGACAUCCGAUUCAAGACAAAUGAGCAGCCUGCGAAGGCCAAAAAGAUCAAAGACAAGGCGGCAAAAACAGUCGAUAAAUCGACUAAUGGCCGAGGAAAGAGUGCAUUCAAGAGCACACACAGAGGUAAAGUGAAGGCAAGCAACACCGGUGCGAGGAAGCGGCAAGCAGCGGCGCAAGAGGGCACAGCAAAGCGACAACGCACGGGAAAGAGCGCUACCUCAGAGCCCGUUGCCGGCAGCCCCAAGGAUGACAACAUUGCAUCUAACUCUCAGUCGCAAACCAGCAAUCGAGAGGGAUCGUCUGUUAUCGCUGCGCCACUGGCUGACGAGGUAACACCUGGUAUAGAACGGGCUUCCGGGUCGACAGGUGCACCUUUACCCAUAGAUCGCCUCCCUACCGAUGCCCUAAUAGAUGAAAUCAUCGCGAGCAAAGAAUUCGAAGAUACCGACGAGGGGUUUCUCCUAAUAGACUGGAGCCUUGGACACAUGUUGGGCAGAAUGCGCCGGAACGCCAACCACGAGAUCGAGGUCAAGUCAAAGAGGCAAGCCGGCGACGAGACGCAGAAUUACGGUGUUUGGUACCUGGACAACGAUGAAAAUCUGGUGGCAGUCGGCGACAACGAAAAGGCUCCACUGUUGGAGAAGAUCGAGACAACGAUUGCCAAUUUAUGUAUGCGUGAGCAGAUUUACCACUGGAUCAAGAAAUUCAACAUGGAAACUGCAAGUAAACAAAAGCAUAGCCUGCAUUUUUGGAGAAAGACUGCCAAGCCACAAGAUCAAGAAUUGCAACAAAACACGGCCGAUAUUGCCAGGCUCGAGCAUACCGUUUCUGAAUUGCAGAGGCAUAUGCAGAUGGCCGAGGAUCUCGGCAGGAAGCUCCUAGAGCGAUAUCGUGUGGAUGUUGCCGCCUUGCAGUCAAAUGCAAAUCAAGACCAGCACUGCAUCAAGACCCUCCAGGCAAGACUCAAUCUAGUCAGAAUUGUAGCCAUACAGUUGCGCGAGAGAAUGGGCAAGCUCAAAGACAAAUAUCAGAGCAUGCAGACAUGCUGGAUGCGUGGUGCCAACGCACCAUCUACUAACAUGCCACCAAGCAUGGGCAAAAAAAAGACCUACAGCUCGCGCAAUCAGCGGGCCGGAGCUCCAUCAUUCCGAAUGGCUGACCUCCUGCAGCAGCGUGACACUUCCCCGACAACACAGACGGCAUUCAAACCGCGGUCAAGCUCGCCGCCUAUUGAAGAAGACCCCAUCCACCCGAAGAUACCGCCGCGUGCUCGGCGACCCCGCAUCAACUACGCAAAAGAACUCGGGUUCGGCCUUAUGGCCGUGACAAUUGCCGUCUAUCACGAGGAGGUUGGCGACCGCCACGUAGUGGCGAGGAGUAUGGAUGGGCCGGAUUUUCGCGUCGCGGCGGUUGAGAUUCUUGCUUCCAUUCCGCAAAAGACCUUGGAAGCUAUCUCCGCGCCAGCUAUAUACAUUCGUCACCUGGUAAACCCAGAAGGCCAUGCCCCGACACCCAACGAGUUCAAGAAGGUUACCAAGCGGCUUCUAGACUAUGUAUCCGGCAAGUUUAGGUCUUUCGUAGCGGCAUCAGAACUUGAUAACAUACGAGCGACUACCAAGAGUUGCGCUAAAGACAUCCAAAAUGGCCAUCAUUGGUGUCUCGAGGGGUCACAGCAGCGGGCUAUGCAGGUUAUGACCUUCUGCACUGCGCUGAAUGACCGCAUUGGGCAACUCCCCGACGACCAGCUCGACAAGCCCUUCCCCAAAUCUUUCAAGUACGUUGGUUAUGCUUUGUCCGUUACGCGGUGCCUACAACAGCAUGUCACGGUCGACACUAGUUGGUUCCACCACAUGGUUCAAGCGGCGUUCCGCGUGGCGGUCGAAGACGGGAAAUACCGCUUUGAGUCGCACCCUGUGUGCUUCUUGGUAGAGCAUGAGAGCCGCAUUGCCGAGCCCCUUACUAGCGUCAUCGCAGACAGCACGAGACCGGCGGUGGAUUUGGCGUAUACCAGGGAGGCGUACAAACAACCAGUUCGCUGCUCUCCCACAUCCCUGCAGAUGAACGACAACAAGUAUGGCAGGUGUGCAAGGUGGCGUGAAGACUAUACACCAUAUCGUCAAAAUCUGGCAACAGAGCUCGCUGUACUGAAGCGGCAGUUCGAAGGCCCUUUGAUCGCUGGUACAGGUGGUCCCCGGCCAGUUGCCGUGUUACGCAAGGAAAUUGAGGAUCUUGACAAAGAAAUUGCACAGUUGCUCCAGCAACAAUAUCCAAGAAGAUGGUACUGUACAAGACCCUCAAGAGCUAGCACUGGGGGAAAAGCUGAACCGUCUACAAGAACUUGA